CAGUGCUUGAUUUUUAUGGCAUUGUUAAAGGGGUAAUCAUAGUGCCAUUUGCCACCGUGAUCACUGUGAAUUGACCUCUCUUUGUCAGACCUUGUUAUAAUUUCCAGACCCCUGGUUGAGAGCAGCUCUGUAUUGCACCAAUUAGAGCGGUGAGUCAUAUGUCACUGGCCACUGGAGAAUUCAGUCUCUUCCACUUUGAGCUAUAAAUUUAUCUCUCGCUGUUCCACCAUCAAGGUCUAUUGUCACUGUGCUGGUGACUGACGUGUGGAAGUCAUCUGUAUCCUCUGUAGGGUUUUUGUAAUUGCAGUCAUCCACCACAUUUGAAUUUGUGUAAUUACAUACUUUGCAUGACUAGUGUACAAUCUCAGAAUGCCUCACUGAAACUUCUACAACCAAAACUGGAGGGAUUUCUGCACAUUUCCACAGGUGUUCACAGUAAGUAAACAACAAAAAGACCAAUGUUUUCCUCCGUUGAGCUCUUUCACAGUAUAGUCAAGGGCUAGGCCCGACUCCCAAGGCUGAAUUAGAUUAAUGAAAGCGGUGCAGAGUAUCUAAUGACCAUCUCCCUGCUUCACUGGAUGCUGGAAAGAUGGAGAGGCAUGCAAAAGUGCAUCAGGCCUCGUUGGUUCCUCCUCUGCUCCCCCUCCUUUCUCCCCCGCCCCAAACAAGUAAAUGAUCCUUGAGAGCGCUCUGAGAUACAUUACAUUAGGCUGAGUCAAGCCCUGUCUGCAUCACUACGGCAUUUCGCUGGUUCGGUACUCAGUUUUACAAGAGGAAUGGAGCAGUGGAGUAUGGGCUGAGGGGAGCGGCGAUAGUGGUGCAAUUAGAUUCUUAAUGACAAGGGAGUCAAGCGAGUAUCUCGCUGAGAGAAGAGAUAAACGGGAAAAAAAGGAAAAUAUGCAAAGAUAAUGGAAAUUAGACGAUUUAUGGCCAAAUGGCCAAACUUACCGUUUCUCCUAACUCGCAUCAUGUUGAUUAUGAAAUCCACAUACUGUGAAUCACUGCUCAACUAUCCAGCACAGUGCCAAUAUUUACUGAAAGACUUCUAGCAAGGCCAGAUAAAAACUUCUGAUUUUGAUUUAGCUAGAAUGUGGAGUUCUAUAGAAAGUGACAACCAGUGGAGUCAUUCGAGAGAAUACAGGUUUCAGGCACUUCUGUAAUGGCUUCACUUUCCAGAGUCUAUGUCCAUUUUUAUUUACAGUUUAUGACUUGCACCAAAAUAAAGAAAUAAAUAAUGAUAAUAAUAGAAAAAAAAAAUUAGAAUUAUAAAAUGUCCACUUUUUUACUCCAAUCUACCUCUAAUCUAAACCUCCAGUCUUUUUUAAUUAAGGCUGUGCUACUCACACACACACACACACACACACACACUCCAUAAACAGAGAUAAUGUCUGUCACUCUGCAAACCCUUGCAUUAGUUUUAAUGAAGAGGCGAUCAUAAUGUCCACUUAAAGUCACAGAUAUUGUUUUGUCAGUAUAACCAGAGCAGUAAAAAUGUCAUGUGCAUGGAUGAAUUUCUUUUCUUGCAGCCAACCAAAGCCUGUGGUGUAUGUAUGUAAUGCAGUACAUUCAGCGAGAUGCCGAGCGUAGCCUGUAUGUGCUCGUCACACAGGCACAGGUGGUGCUCCAGUGCUCCAGCUCUGCGUUAGUGGUCACCCAUAAGCCUAAUAGGAUCCCUCAUGAGAUGGUGUGCUUAGAUGUCACUGUUGAUGGUCGGGGCUUUUCUGCGUGCAAGCGUAUUAGUGGUGCUAAAAGCAGUAAUACCAUCAGGACCAGCGUGGUUAUGAGGGCGUGUCGCUUUAAAAGAGGGGGAGAAGAAAAGAAGAGGAGGCCAAGGGGCAGAGAGGGAGGGUUUAGCCCGGAGGAGGGGAUCUUGUUAGUCCAGAGGAAUCAGUGCAGUUACCCUCAUACAGGUAGCCACUUGCAGAGAGUACAGCAGAUGCACCUUUUGGUCUCGAGACAUGUUCAGUAAGUUCAAGGGCCUCCUCAGUGGUCCGCAGGUGCCAGCGGCUCCUGGGACCACCAGAGUGGCCCCCGACCCAGCUCCAGCUCCAGCUCCAGCUCCAGCGAAUGAGGAGAAGGCAGCCGAUAAGGGGGAUGAGGCCAAACCGCAGGAAUCAGCUCCAGCCCCGGGCCCUGCUCCCGCACCAUCCCCGGCCCCGGACCCGGCCCCGGACCCGGUUCCAGCCACAGCUCCGGCAUCAGCCCCAGUCCCGGGCCCUACUCCUGCUCCAGCUGACCAAGCUGGACCUGAGGGAGAGGAGGCGCCCCCACCCAUCGUCAUCAACAAGUACUCAGACGAGCAGCUCAGAGCCAUCAUCAAACAGAUGAGAGAGAGACAGGAGCUGUACAAGGAGAAAGUGGUGGAUCAGUACGCCUCUUCCCCCGAGAUCAGCCCUCCUGUCACACCUCUGCUACGCAAAGACGACUACGCCAAAGUCAUAGAGGAGAGGAAGAGGCAAGCGGAGGAGGAUCGGAUAAAGAAGGAGGAGGCUGACAAGAAGAAGAAAGAGGAGCAGGAGAAGAAAAAGAAGGAGGCCGAGCAGAAGAAGAAGGAGGAGGAGGAGAAGAAGAAAGCAGAGGGCAUUGAUGAGAAAAAGGAGCAGGUUGACAUGAAGACCAAGUUCAUUCAAACGGCCUGGCUCACCGUGGACACUGUGCUGGAGCCGUUUGAGCAGCAGCUGGAUUUUGUGCUAGGGAACACCAUCGACCCUUUCACCGACCGCCGCUACGUCGCCUGGCUGAGCGUGGUGACGCUGGCCUUCAACUACAACACCUGGUUCAUCACGGCGCGCCUGUGCUUCCCGUACCACACCGAGAGCGCCAUCCCUUUCUGGUUCGUGAUGGACCUGCUGGCCGACCUCAUCUACCUCGCCGACUCCGUCGUCUUCCAGUCCCGCAAACAGUUCGUCAAAGCAGGAGACAUCAUAAAAGACAGACAGAUGACGAAGAAGAACUACAGGGAUUGCGAGAGAUUCAAGAUUGACAUGCUGUGUCUCAUACCUUUUGACUUGCUGUACUUCCAGUUUGGAUUCAAAUCCAUUUUCAGAGCCAAUCGUCUGCUGAAGGCUGAUACAUUUUUUGAGUUCAGCGAUCGUCUGGAGAGCAUCAUGGCCAAGGCGUACAUCUGGAGAGUGAUUCGCACCAUCGGUUAUCUCCUCUUCAUGCUCCACCUCAACGCCUGCUUCUACUACGUGGCCUCAGAGUACCAGGGCAUCGGCAAAACUAAAUGGGUCUACUCUGGCCUCGGCAGCGCGUACCUGCGUUGUUACUACUACGCUGUCCGCAGUCUGAUCAACAUCGGGGGUCUUAACGAACCCCACACCGUCUUUGAGAUUACCUUUCAGAUGACAAACUUUUUCACGGGCGUCUUUGUGUUCUCCAGUCUGAUCGGACAGAUGAGAGAUGUCAUCGGCGCAGCCACAGCAGGACAGACGUACUUCCGAGCCUCCAUGGACAACAGCGUGGCCUACAUGGUGGCCAACCGCAUCCCCUCCCUGUGUCAGAAUAGAGUCCGCACCUGGUACACGUACACCUGGGAUGCUCAGGGAAUGCUGGAUGAGUCGGAGCUGCUGGACAAGAUGCCUCUGGUGAUGAAAACCGCCAUCGCAGUGGACAUCAACCUGGCGACCUUUCAGAAGAUUGAUCUUUUUAAGGGCUGUGACCAGCAGAUGCUGGUGGACAUGUUGCUGAGGCUCAAGUCGAUCAUCUAUCUGCCCGGAGACUUUGUCGUGAAGAAAGGCGACAUCGGUAAAGAGAUGUACAUCAUCAAAGGUGGCGCGGUGCAGGUGGUGGGAGGACCCGACAACAGCAUUGUGUUCGUCACCCUGAAGGCCGGAUGUGUGUUCGGGGAAAUCAGCCUGUUGCAGUCUUCCAAAGAUGGAGGAAACAGGCGCACAGCCAACGUCAAAGCCUACGGCUUCGCCAACCUUUUCGUCCUGGAGAAGAAGGACCUGUUCGACAUCCUCGUCCACUACCCCGAGUCUCAGAAGGUGCUGGCCAGGAAGGGAAGGAAGCUAAUGAAGGCUAAAGGUCCAGCAGCAGCGAAGGCGGAGGAGGACAAGAAGAAAGGACUGGCUCUGUUCGGACCCAAACCAGCGACACCCAAACUGCUGCGCGCUUUCGGAGGAAACCUCAACAAGAAGCUCAUCGAGAGGAUGAAGGCUUCUGGUGGCCAGUGAACACACACACACACACACACACACACACACACUGAUUUUGUUUUCUUAUUAACUCUUUUUUGAGAGUGAAUGUACAGAUUUAUUGUCAAUAUCUAACCACUCUUUUGUACUGAGUGUUGUGUUUUCUGUCGCAGCAUAGUGUUUAAGACAAAUGUUCCUGUCACCCCCAGGGUUUUUGUAAAUCCUUUUCAACUUGUUUGGAGCUACAUGAGCAGGGUUGACCAUUUCAGGAUAGUCUGACAAAUUAUUACGAUGCAAAUGCCCAUAGGAAUUUUACGCCUUAGGGCCACAUUGGAGAAAAAGGAGAAUAAUUCUGUGAAUUGGAGAAUAAAUUCGUAAUAUUACCAGAAUAAAAUUGAGAGUCAUAAUAUAACAAGAAUGAAUUCCUAAUGUAUUGAGCAGAACAAUAAAGUCGUAAUUCAAUGAGAAAAAUAGGUCAAUGUAUGAUAUUUAGAGAAAAAGAAAAAAAAUACCAGCCAUUUCCUCCUCAUCUUCAAGUCUGUGGUUCUAAUGACCUAAUGACUUAUAAUAAUGUGGUGCAGAUGUGCCAAAAGAUUCAGUAUUUAGCUAUCUGUGAAACCUCUCCUAAACUUUAACUGAACAAGAUGCUCCACAUUCCUCCUUGUAACCACGGCGUCAGGCCCAUCUUCUCAUAUUCCCCCUCUAAAAUGACAUGUAGCCUAAAAUUGUGUUUGAUUCUUGCAAUAUUACCUUUUUUCUAGUAAUAGUAGGAUUUUUCGCCCCCCUUUAAGUGGCCCAAAUACCCCGUCUUGUAAUUUAAACUCUGCUUCAUCAAACAGAUUUUAAUCAACACCAAAGUAGAUUUGAACACAUAUUUUGAAUCAGUCAUGAUGAUGUGCAGUUUGAAUCCAGAGCCUGCUGCCCCCUAGUGGAUUCUGCUGCUUAUAUAUUGUAUGAAUAUAUUGUCCUUUUUUUUGCUCGUCUGCUUUUAUUGGCUUUAUAUUCACAGUAGUUAUAAAAAAAUUAGUAGAAGCGACCCAUCAUUCUAAAAACUGACGUGAUUGUUCUCAAAUAAUUUGACCAUUUGUCAGUCUGCUUAAAUAAAUGACUCCCUGACUUCAGAUGGGUUUACUCCAA